AUGCUGCGAACGAGACAGCUAGCUUUGAUCCGGAAGUUCAGCUGUUGCCUGCCGCGGUGCAAGAUUACGAUCGAGCACGAUGACGACAAGACAUACGAGAAUAUCCCGCGAUCAAGCACCGUGGGUACGGAGAAAUCGAGUCUGUUCUUUUCGUACAGAGCAGACGGAGAGACGUUUGGCCAGCUGGUCAACGAGGUGCUUCAUGACAGAAACCCUCUUCACAACCACCGUGUCGUGACUCCAGAGGAGGCGAUCGAGGGUGUUGAUCCAAAGUACAGAAACACAGAAACGGGCGAACUCCUUGCUGCUGCCACUAGCAGGGAUGCAAGGCUUCAUCCGCAAACUUUGGCCGGCCGGGUUAACAGAAGACGUGUCCAGUUGCCUAGACUUAUUGCCGAUGCGAUAAAUUACAACAUGAUGCUUUUGCACGAACCAAAACUGCUCAAGGAUAAAGUUGCAGAGUACUAUAAAAAACUUGAGGAUACGAGUCUGCAUGCGAAAACGAACACUGAGGAGGAGGCGGACAUUUACAUAGCCAGCUCGUUUUUGCAGAAUUACGCUACAUGUUAUCAAGUCUUGGACGAGCUCAAACGUCGUGUCGGCAAAGAUUGGAGUCCAAAACGGGUGCUGGAUUACGGGUAUGGGCCAGGUAUAGGAAUGGUGGCUCUGAACGAGGUGAUGGGCGAUGAUUUCAGCCCAGAAGUCAAGGAUGUGGUGGUCAACGGAUCUUUCCACAUGGAGAGAAGAGCCAAGGUUUUGCUGAGUCGGCAAGCCAACGAACAGCACGAACGAGGAGCCAGCCAAACUGAGGAAGCAACACAGGAACAGGAACAACAAGAGGCGCAAGAGGAGCAGGAGGAGGACUCUGAUUUCCAAGAGGACGAAAAUUUUGACCAGCCGGUGAUCGGCAGGGUGAAAACUAAGCUUCUGAAGAUCAAGUCUGUCGUAUUGGAGAAAUUGCGUCCGGACAACGUGAAAUACGAUCUGAUUAUUGCUCAAAACCAGCUUUUGAGAGACGAGAAAAAAUUCCCGCUGGAGGUGGAUGAAUUGCUGGACCCCCUGAUCAAGCGCUUGGCGCCAGGCGGCCAUCUUGUGCUUCUGGAGCGAGGAAACCCUUUGGGAGCAGAGGUGAUUGCUCGUGCACGGCAGGUGAUGUUGCGGCCUGAAAACCACGAGGACCGCACUUCCAAGAUCCCAAGACUGUACAAGAACAGCGACGUGCUUGCUGCGGAAGCUUCUGAGCUGUCUUUGGAGGACGACGAGCCGGUUGAACCGGAACUGUUACAGCAUUACGACAUCCAGGAAGCCGCGUCGGUCGACCCGAUAAAUCUGAAAAUCGUCGCGCCAUGCUCUCACCACGGCAAAUGUCCGUUGCAGUACUUCAAACCCGAAUUCUACAAAUACGGCAAGAUAGGAAGACGGCUCAAGUUCUGUAACUACACGAUUGACGUCGAACGGCCGAAGUACGUGAUGGAGCUGAAAAGGGGGGCCAAACUUGCCACGGCGUGGCAGAACAACCCUACCAAAAAGUUCAUGUCGUAUGCUGGAAGCGGGCGUCCAAACGGCAAGGAUUACGAAACAGCAAGCUACUCGUAUCUGAUUGUGCAACGUUCUGCGGAGUCAAACGAAGAACUGGAGGCACUACGACAGCAGGAUGUUGGUGGCAGAUCCGUUGGAUACGUUCCCCAGACUACUGAGGAGCUGCCUCGUGUGCUAUCGCCGCCAACCAAGCGCCGGGGACUGGUCGUUGCAGACAUGUGUGCACCGUCAGGCCACGUUGAGAAAUGGUAUAUUUCAAAGAGUGUUGGGGAGCAGACUUACCACGAUGCUCGAAAAUUGGGAAUGGGUGACUUGUGGGCUCUGGGAGCGAAAUCGAGAGUCCAGUCGACGAAAGAGAACGAGUUCUACUUCCAGAAGCUGAAGAAGAGAGAGGAAGAGAUACGAAAGCAACGCAAACGCGAUGCCAAGCUGCGCAAAAAGAAGAUGAAAGAGGAGUACCGAAAAGCUAUUUAUUCUGAGCCGAAAACAUUUGGUGAGAGCUUGAGAAUGGCAGCACAGCUCGACUCAUUUAGAAUGCUCAACUCGAAGAAAGAAAAAGACCGGCUUCAGGCUGACAUCGACCGCGACCAGCUGGGUUGA